CAGAGCAUUCUCGUUUUGUUGGUUGGCUUUGGGGAAUCGUCAUUGCUUGUCGAUAUCCAUAGACAGGGAUACGUUGCAGGCAGAUCGACAGAGAUCCACUCGAGUCGUUUCCUUGGAGGAUACUGGUGUGUAUCUUUCCUGCAACCACGUGGCAAAACUGUUGCAGGCGUCGCGCUGAAGAGAACAAAGAAGGAAGGCUAGGAACCAAUACAACAGCCGAUCGGUUCUUCUUCGAACCAAACCAAACACGGCUCAAAGCAACAGAAACAGAAACAGAAACGAGGACCCUUCCGUCCGCAACGCCCGGAAAAUGACAAACUACGCGUAUCCUCCCCCGGGAGAGCAACAACAGCAGCAGCAGCAGCAGCAGCCUCCAUACUACGCGGGACACGGCGCCCAGCAGCCGCAGGGCUCCUACGCAAGCCGGGGCGGGGCCCCUUCGACUUCCUCCUCCCCGCUGCCCCCCCACCCGCUCCACCACGGGCAGCACCCCCAUGCCCACGCGCAUUCGCUUUCCCAUUCGCAUUCGCAUUCCCAGCACCCACCGCCAUCGGCCUCGUCGUCUUCGGCCUACCCGCACCACCCGCACCACCCGCACCAUCCCCCCUCACAACACUCCCACCAUCCCUACCCACACCACCCGUACCCACACCACCCUUCCUACCACCACCGGGGACACCCCGACUAUCCGGGCGGAAGCGGCAUGGGCAUGGGCCAUCCCCCCCACCACCACCACCACCCGCCGCCGCCCCACCGGUACGGCAGGACGGCCGGGAGCCGGGGCGGCCCGGCGGCGGUGACGCCGAGCGACCAGGUGUCCUCGGCGGCGGCCCGGCAGGGCUACCCGCCCCACCCCUCGGAGGCCGCCGCCGCGGCCGCCCACACCGCGGGGGCCUUUGCGACCCCCCGGUCGGCGAAGCGAUCGGCGGCCAUGACGACGCCGGGGAGCGGCAGCAACAAGCGMGGGCGGAGAAGUACGUGCCGGGACGCUCUUGUGUCGUGUCGUUUUGUGUCGUGUUGUGUUUCCUCCGCAUCCCACUCACUCACUCACUCGUUUCAUGGUUGCAUUGUUGCGUUUCUUUGUCUUUUCUACUGGGUGCUUUCGCUCCGGUUCGGUCGCAAUCUUCAACRCCCAAACCACCCACCACGAACCCCGCAUCCCAGGCGAACCACCACCGUCGGCAUCGUCGGGUAGGUCCUCGCGGGCGAGCCCCACGUCGGCUUCCGGGACCCCGCUGUCGUCGCGGUACGAUUCCUCCCUGGGGCUGCUCACAAAGAAGUUUGUCAACAUACUGAGGAAUAGGCCCGAGAACUCUCUCGAUCUCAACCAUGCCGCGACCGAGCUGGGGGUACAGAAGCGUCGGAUCUACGAUAUUACUGUGAGUAGCUCYUKCAUUGUUGUACGCUCUGGUGRUCCGGUCUCGUGCUGUKGUACACGACRGAAUGUGAAAUGGGACGUGAWCUGUUGGUUUCCKUCUCGURYAGAGGUAUCAWYCASGCAAUGCUUUGUGUUUCCUCURACGCAUCUGUUCUAACUAUUUCAUGCUGUAUCUCUCUCUCUCUCUCUCUUCUCGUUGCGAAACAMACMCRCAAACCAACGAACCGCAGAACGUCCUCGAGGGGAUCGGGCUUCUGGUAAAAAGGGGGAAAAACCACGUAUCGUGGAACGAGAAUCCACCGGAAACCGCGGCACAGGCCGUCGCGGAAGGACUAGGGGGAAAAUCAAAGACCACCGACGGGGAUGCGAAGGGGUUCAAGAGCCCCUCGGACGCAAAGAAUCCGAAAAAGAAGGUACAGAACUCGGCCGAAUACGAAGCCAUGAAAAAGAARCUYUCCAAGCUCAAGGAAGAGGAGCGCAAGGUCGACCACUACCUCGCCUACCUCAAGGAGCAGGCCGCCGUCUACAACGGGCGACACCCACCCUCCAGGGAGCAGCUCAUGUACCUACCCGGAGGGAUCAGCAACGUGCCGGAGCACAUGUACGUCAGGUUCGACGACAUCACCCGCAUGCCGGCCUACAAGUCCGAAACCGUCAUCGGGAUCCGGGCACCGGCGGGAACGGCCCUGGAGGUUCCCAACCCGGAAGACGCCGACGGCAGGUACGAAAUGUACCUCAACAGCAAGGGGACCGGCCAUCCCACCGCGCGUGGGGCCAAAGGGGAACCCAUCAACGUCUACGUGGUCCAGCCAAGGGUCGACCAGCAGGACGGUUCCCAGCAAGACGAAGCGAGGGCGGGUGCCCCCGGAUUUGCACAGGAGACGCCUCCGUCGCCCCAGCGAUCCUCGAAGGCCACGGCGUCCGAGGGUUCCUCCAAGACGGCCUCCAGCAAGACCGAACCCACCGACCAGCAGCAGGAACAGCCGCCRCAGCAGGGACCCUUUCGUCCUCCGUCUCGGGACCACCCGGACCACCACMUGUACGAAAUGCMMGGUCACGGGGGAGGAGAAUACGGCUCCGAGAGGAUUCCGCCGUAUCCACCACCCCACGUGGAUCCUUCCUGGGGCCCCUACGGCCACGGACCSCACGGGUAUUAUGGCCAYCCCCCGCACCACCGGUACCCGGGAYCGUCCGAUCCUCACCUGCAGCGAGAGGGCGGAGAUCCGGAAAGCCGGGGYAGCAACCGACGGGAGGCCUUCCGUCGCAGGCCCGCCGGGGGUCCCCAUCCCUAYCCCCACGCCCACGAAAUGGGAAGGACCGCAUCGGCAGGGGGCGAGGCACCACCGGGCCGGCCUCCGUCCCCCUCGAGCCAGCAGAACAACCAGCUCCUCACGAUGCCCCUGCAGUCGCCGAACGAGCAGCACCUCCUCCACUUUGCGUCCCCGGCGGGUGGCUUYACGCCUCCCCGGGGGAGCCGGGAACGCGUSGCGAUCCGCACGGGCAGCCCGGAGGCCUUUCCCAUUCUCUCCCUCCCCAACGAYAGCAGUUCGAGGGAGUACACCGACGGGUGGCAGCCACCCCGGCCGAAGCUGUCCAAGGGACCACAAGGGUCCCACCGAUAGAACACGCGUUCCGKCUUGCCGGAUCCUCGRGAGAGAACGAGUGGAGAGAACACCAAGCAAGCAAACRCCGCCGACCAGYCAAUCGGUUUUGAAAAMAAUACCAGCGGGGUGGAUUGCAUCAAUCACUCCGUGGAUCGUACGAUUGAUCCUGWGUCUACYKCGGUUCGAUCACUACAUGUAUCCCCCUCUYGGGGGAAUGGGGCGGGAACAACAGUAGCAAAGCAACGUUGCCCUGGCUGCAAACCUGAGGAACAAAGAUGCGUCGGCACGCCCACUGUGUUGCCAUGCCACUUCUUGUCGAGAAUACGAAUGGUAGCCGCGCCCUCCUCGGGGGGAACGGGAUCGAUUCGCUAUCUAUGUCGCUAGCCAGUUCCACACGAGAUACGGACCGAAUCCAUGCAGCAAAUCGAAGUUGCAUAGUGUGGUUCCCAUUGCGUGGCAUGACAGGGGCUUAGAGCAUGGCCUAGCCUCGUAGGCGAAAGCAGUAUUUGUUCUGCUUCUUGUUUCAAGUUAACYUCGUAGCAUUGCAUUAUUUAUUUUAUGUGAAUCAAAACACAAGACCAAC